UCUCUCUCGCGCUCUCUGCUUGUAAAAUAAAGUUUUUCCGUGUGUGUGUGUGUGUGUGGAGCUGAAGAUGGCGGCCAGCUCGGAGCGCAGUCCUCCGCCUUUCCCGGACUCAGAGGAGCCCGAGCUGCUGGAGGACAGCGACGAGGGCGCGGAUGCGUUCACGGGAACGUCGAUCUCAGAGAUGGAUUCUCCUUCUCCGGACUCAACCAGACCUCCUAAAGACAUCUUCAACGAGCCACCAGAAGACAUCUUCAGCGAUCCUCUUAGCAACAUUAACUCUGAACCGCAGAAGAAAGCAGACACCAAGAUCCCUUCACCCAGCAGCGAUGAGGCCGUCGACCUGUUCAGCGACCCGCUGGACGACGAUAGCGACGUAAUUAGUUCACCCGAGGUCCAAAACCCCAUGCCGGAUCUCUUAAACGAGCCUGUGGAAGCGCCAAAGUCCGAUGUCCUCGGUGAAGCACCUGUGCACAAAAACGCAGCCCGACAGCAGGAUGUUUUCGAAGACCUUCCCAAGGGCACCAGCAAAAGCUCUUCCGUCAAGAAAGCAGCGAGCGCGGAGCUGUUCGGUGAUGACGAGGAUGAGGAGGAUCUGUUUAACGAGCCGCCUAAGGUUGUGACGAAGAAGCCUCAGCCUUCAGGGCCACCCGUCAAUGUUCUCACAGAGGUGAAGGUCCGGCCACAGGUUAAAGACGACCCCACGGAUCUGUUCGCAGAGGAAGCCUUGACGGCACCUGUCCCGAAACCCUCGGCCAGCAGCAACUCCAGGACCAACGGGGUUCACUCUGAGGAGCAGGAUCUCUUCUCAGAAGCUACAGUAGAGUUGUCUCUGGACAGUCCUCGUAACGACCGCAAGAUGAAAGACGCUGUGAAGGCGACCGUAUCAGCUCCUGCCGCUCCUGUAGCAAGCAGCUCCAGCAAAACUCCAUCCAAAACUCUGGAGGAGCUGGAGGAAGAGGAAAGUGAGGACAAGUUUGAUCUGAACAUCUCUGUCACAAAUCCAGAGAAAGUCGGUGAUGGUAUGAACGCUUACAUGGCCUACAAAGUUUCAACACAGACGUCGCUUACCAUGUUCCGUAGCAAGACGUUUACCGUCCGCAGACGUUUCAGCGAUUUCCUGGGAUUGUAUGAAAAGCUCUCUGAGAAACACUCACAGAACGGAUACAUCAUACCUCCACCACCAGAGAAGAGCAUUCUGGGUAUGACGAAAGUCAAAGUCGGGAAGGAUGACCCAUCGUCGGCAGAGUUUGUGGAGCGGAGGAGAGCUGCUCUGGAGAGAUAUCUUCAGAGGGUUGUGAGUCACCCGUCUCUGCUGCAGGAUCCUGAUGUGAGAGAGUUUUUGGAGAAAGAGGAGUUACCCAGAGCAGUCAGCACACAGGCUCUGAGUGGAGCCGGCUUCCUUAAAAUGCUCAACAAAGCCACAGACGCUGUGAGCAAGAUGACCAUCAAGAUGAACGAACAGGAUGUGUGGUUUGACGAGAAGAUCCAGGAUGUAGAAAAUGAAGAACAGCAUAUGCGGAAGCUUCACGUCAUGGUGGAAUCGCUUGUCAAUCACAGAAAAGAGUUGUCUGGGAACACGGCUGUGUUUGCGAAGAGCGUGGCGAUGUUGGGCAGCUCUGAGGACAACACGGCUCUGUCCCGAGCUCUGUCUCAGCUGGCCGAGGUGGAAGAUCGAAUCGAGCAGCUCCAUCAGGAGCAGGCCGCCAACGACUUCUUCACCUUCUCAGAGCUGCUGGCCGAUUAUAUACGGCUGUUGGGAGCUGUCAGGGGUUGUUUUGACCAGAGAAUGAAAGCGUGGCAGCGCUGGCAGGACGCAGAGAACAUGCUGCAGAAGAAGAGAGAGGCUGAGGCCAAACUCCUGUGGGCCAACAAACCUGACAAACUCCAGCAGGCCAAGGAUGAGAUCGCUGAGUGGGAAGCAAAGGUCACGCAGUACGAGAGAGAGUUUGAGAGAAUCUCAGCCACCGUGCGGAAAGAAGUCAUCCGCUUUGAUAAAGAGAAAGCUCGGGAUUUUAAGAGACAAAUCAUCAAAUAUCUGGAGUCACUGCUGAACUCACAGCAACAGCUGAUAAAAUACUGGGAGGCGUUUUUGCCGGAGGCGAAAGCGAUCGCGUGAGGCGGCGUCUGCGCGCAAACACACACUCACCGACAACCGAGGCCUUUCUACACUCUUUACCUCUCGCCUAUAAACCAAGAGAAAUCGCGCUGCAAAGGGAAAUCAUCGAUCCGGCCGCUCGUUACUCCGAUUGAGUUUAACAACCUGUAUAUUUUCUGUGUAAUCUUCACCUUUAUUUUCUUACUUUGCAUCUUUAUUCGUUUGGGGGACGUGAACGCAUGUGGUGGCUGGGUGUCUUCCUCGUCUGUAUGCAACCGAACCUGGUUACUCGUCAGCAGUGAUGUCAGUGGUUUACACUAGAGGGCGCUCGGCGCUCGCUCACAUACUCACACAGCAAGAAACUUCCCAUCAGGCCACUCGUGUGACGUUUGUUCUCCUCACACAGGGUUUUCAGAGAGAAAUAGUGACCUAGUUUGACCAGAAUAUUGAUAUAUAUAUAUAUAUAUAUAUACACUUUUAAACACCAUGAUGACGUUGUAUUUUGCAAGUUAAAAAAGGUUGUAAUACAGUUAUUAUUAGUCGAGAUAAAAUGACUGAAACUGGCUGGAUGUUGUAAAGUGGCCAGUGGAAAUGACGGGAACUGUAUAGUUUAUGUCAACACUUACACUCAUUGAUCAGCCUGUUAGAAAUGUGUAUUUUUUUUUUUUUUUCAAUUUUCCUGGCUUAUUGUUUUUACUCAAAGGAUCAUUGUAAAUCUUCCAUAGAUUUAGAAUCAUGUUUCUAUGUUCAGCAUUUAUAAACGCACUCCUAAUGCGUUUUCUAUCAAUAUCAGAGCUCUGGUCUAGCAGGACGCCCAAAGCACUUCGGUCUUAAAGUUGUUGUUUUGUUUUUUUUUGUCGUACAAAAUUCCAUUCCUUUUCGCUUCAUUUACUUUGUUUUCAUUUGUAGACAUUUAUGCCAACAUGUUAUUAUUUCGUGUCAAACCAUAUUUGCGUUAUGCACUUGAUUAUGGCAUCUUAUAUUGAUUCUGGCAUCUCUUAUUAAUAAACUUUUGCUAUGCUACUAAUAAUGAUGAAAUUGUUUCUACAUCACGUUUUGUUUUUAUACAGAUUUUGCUGCUGUUAGAUUCAUCGUCAUUUAUAACAUUUUGUCGUUCGUUUAUGUGUUAGUUCGCUUUAGAAAUGAUAUUCUGGGCCCUGCUGUAUGACACUUUGAACAGAUGUUAACAGGUUUGACUUCACCAUUAGGUGCCAUAAUAAUCAGAAGUUUGUUUAUUAGAAAAACGGGGGCAGAUAUUUUUUUCACUAUGGACACUUCUUUUGAGAAAAACAAUAAAGAUUUAAUUACAAAUA